AGAUGACUCUCGAGACGAAGCCAUGACCUCGCAAGAGCCGCCAAUCGGCAAUUGCGAAGAUCAAGGCUGAUACAUAAGUUGUAUACAACAUGUGCCACGCGAUUCCCGAACCCAGCAAUCGCUCCAACGUCAAACAAAGACAGCCGGCCAUGUCUGGCACACUAUCCAAUGACGCAGUUCCUCGCGCUUCAAGCCCUCAAUCCCAAGCAGGCACUGACUCGGCUUCAGCCUCUGUAAAGUCCCGAAAAGAUGGCAGAAAGACCAGUUCUUAUGGCGAAGAAGAGAAGGAUCUGGGAUUACCUGUUCUGGAAGGCUGGCCGCUUGGUUCGACUGUGUUUGCGCUAUGCUUAGCUCUGCUCCUUGCCACAUUAGAUACUACCAUCAUCUCGACCUCGUUGAUCACGAUCGCUUCCGACUUUGGCCAUUUUGAUCAAGCAAGCUGGAUUAUAGUGUCCUAUCUGCUCACUUAUUCUGGUUUCCUUCUCAUAUUCACUAGAUUGAGCGAUGUUUUGGGCAGAAAACCUGUCUUGAUGUUUUCAAUUCUCAUGUUUCUUGUCUGGUCAAUCGGAUGCGGCUUCUCACAAACACUCAAGCAGCUUAUCGUCUUUCGGGCUUUACAAGGUAUAGGCGGUGCUGGAAUCUAUGCGCUUGCCUAUGCAUCUGUUUUGGACGUGGUACCAUUCAGGCUCGUUAGCGCAGCAUCAGGAGCUAUCUCAAUGAGCACCGCUUGUGCGAGUCUCUUGGGACCUGUCCUUGGCGGAGUUAUUACCUCGAAUACCACUUGGAGGUGGGUCUUUUGGAUCAACAUUCCCUGUGGAGUUCUGGUCACUGUCUGCGUCGCUUUCCUGUUUCCAAAUGAAACACACUUGUUUGUGGUGUUGAUGCUUGUGGGAUCAGUCAUCUGUUUUCUAGCCUUCGGCAUAUGGGAGCAUGUUCUGACACCCAGAGAAGCAAGCAUGAAGAUGCUGCCUCUCUUUCCGACAAGACUCAUAUCUAGCAGGGUCGUUGCAGCGACUCUUGGAACUGUAUUCUUCACUGGCUUUCCCUUUGUAGUCACCAUCAUGGCCCUACCACAACGCCUUCAAAUUGUCAAUGGCGUCAGUCCCGAGAACGCGGGUCUUCACAUGCUCCCACUCAUUGGUUCGACCGCUUUGGGCGCGAUUCUGACUGGCACGAUCACUGGCAAAUUCAAUAUCGCCUGGCACUUAUUGGUGUUUUCGAACGUACUCAUGACAGUUGGUUGUGGACUCAUGUCGACCUUACCCACAGACAGUGAGAUCGCCAAUCUCUGUUAUCUUUAUCAAAUCAUUCUCGGCUUCGGUUUUGGUCUUACCAUGGCCAGUUCGAUGGUUGUCAUUCGCACAGAAGUGGCUAUGAAAGAUAACACUGUAUCUUUGGGCGCCGUCACUCAACUACGACAACUUGGUGGUGUUAUCGGUCUCGCUGUGACGCAAGCCAUCCUAAAUGGCGAUUUCAGAUCGCAACUUGCCAAGUUUUUGUCCGACGAGGAGCUGAGAUCGGUCAUGCUGUCAACAGCUAACAUCGCAAACCUUAGUGAUUCACAUAGAGACUUGACUUGCCGCGCGUAUGGAAGAUCUUCUAACGCCCAGAUGCGAGUCGUUACCGCGUUCGCGGGUGCGGCCAUCUUGAUGAGUAUGUUUGCUCGACAGAAUGCUCCACGAGACCGCAAAGCUCUCGAGGCGGAGCGUGUCGCAUUUCACACUGGUCGAACCACGUCAGUCGAGCUGCAUAGUGGCUCUGUCACACGCAUCAACCUGGUACAUGCACGACUGGUCAACAAGACUGAGACGUCCAGUGCCCCGUAUCUCGUUGAUUCUGGCGGUUUGAUUGAGACGACACCUCGCGAAGAGAGUCUAGCCACUCGCUUCUGAUUAACAGUCGUACAGCUUGAUUACCACAUUGAAGUUGUGUUUCUGCUUCUCAGAUUAUGGACGAGUCAAGGCAGUCAACCACUGGUUCAGAUAGAAAAGGGAAUCUAAUGAUUCGCGUGAAAAUCAUCUGAGCAUAUUCACAAUCUUCACGUUCAGUCCAGUCAAGUCAAGCAUUUUAUGUUGUAGAUCCGGACAGCUCUCUUUUCAACACUAUACCACUGGUUGAUUAAACUCGCGUCCAGAGAUGUG